AUGUCGAAGUCUCUGGGCAAUGUCAUAGAGCCAAUGGAAGUGAUGAGUGGAGUAACCCUCGAAGCCUUCACAAGAGGCUGGAGGAGGGCAACCUACAUUCGAGGGAAAGGAUCAUCGCAAAAGCAGUCCGAAAAAAUAAAUCUCGAUAUAUCCAGAGUUGUGGGUUACCGUCGAUGGUGUGAUAAGGCCCGGUCUGCUGUUCGGUUUGCUAGGAGCAAGCUCGGAGGUGAAUACAUCCCUCCUGAAAUCCUUGCUCUGGAGACCAUGCCUUUCGGCUGCGAGUGGAUAUUGUCUUUGCUAAACCGAGCUAUCGUCAAAACUGUAGCAUCGCUUAACUCAUACGAGUUCUCUGAUGCGACCAAAGCCGUUUAUUCGUGGUGGCAGCAAUUAAGUGAAGUGAUUAUCGUGGCAAUCAAGCCUUAUUAUGUGGGCGAUGACAUUUUUGUCCCUGAAAGGACUGCUGCACAGUUUGUUUUGUGGUUGUGUCUGGACUACGGCUUGAGAAUGCUGCAUCCUUUCAUGCCAUUUGUCUCAGAAGAACUGUGGCAUCGCUUUCCUUCAUUGGAAGGUGUGGAGAGAAAUGAGUCAAUUAUGACAAGCGAUUAUCCUUCUCCUGUUGAGGUGACAUUUGGUCUAACUGAGACCUUAGCCAUCAAAAGUUCUUCCUACUCUUAUUAUAACAAUACCCUUCAAGUUCAAAUUGAAGUAGUAAAUAUGAAUUCGUUUCAGUUUGAUUGA